UCCAUCCACUUAGUCAACAAACCAUUAUCUCCCAGAGAAAAAGAAAAAAAAAAAAAAGAUGGUACCAAAGAAAAGAAAAGGCGAUGAACAAGAAAAAGAAGAGAAAAAGAAAGAAUUCCCAUCAACACUCUUUCCUUUGCUUUCCAUGUAAGCCUCUUUCCCUGCUUUUCCAACCUCACUCUUCUGUGGUAUCCGAAAUUUUAAUCUCUUGAACUCUCUCUGUGCUUGCUGUUCUGUCUUCUCCUAUCCUAGAUAAUACAACAUCAGUUCGUAAUAUCUUGCUCAUAUGCAUCUCAUCAUCAUUAAUAAGAAACACUCCAGCCAUCCUUUCCAAAUACACUUCUAAGGUAAUCUCUCUUUUAUCUUUCAUCUUCUUCUUCUUCUUUUCGCAGCAAAUCAACAUCAUUGGUUUUAUGAAAUUAUUUUCAAACCAAUUCUUACCAAAAAAAUUUUGUUUCACUGUUUCUUCCACCAAGUUGCGAAGAAGGUUUUAUUUUUUUUCAGGCUCUUCUGUUUAAAGGUCCAACACAAAUAUGGUCCAAAUGAUUUUCUUCUCGCAUUUCUAGCAUAAUACUAGGUGGUAGAAUGUAUGCAUCAUGUCAGAAAUGCUAAUAGUUUAGAGUCAUAUAGUUUGUAAAGCUUGCCAUGGCAUCUCUAGACGCCCCCCAAACUUGGAUUCCACACGUGAACAUUAAAGACUGUUCUCAAGGAUUUUGUAGCUUAUACUGCCCACAAUGGUGUUACAUCAUCUCCCCUCCUCCGCCUCCCUUCGAGUUCCCUGAUGACGAUUCGAGUCCAAUUUUUUCUCCUCUUGUCAUUGCCAUUAUAGGCAUACUGGCCAGUGCUUUCCUUCUAGUAUGUUACUACACCAUCAUAUCUAAAUAUUGUGGAAACGAUUAUUCGGCAAGGAGAAGGGAUCAAAAUCAUGGACAAAAUGAGGAAUUUGAGGACGAUCACAACUCAUCUCUCCACGAGCCUUGGCAUGCUGCAACAACUGGCGUUGAUGAGGCUCUUAUAAGGUCCAUCACAGUUUGCAAGUACAAAAAGGGAGAUGGUUUGAUUGAAGGGACAGAUUGCCCAGUUUGUCUAAGUGAGUUUGAAGAAGAUGAGAGCAUAAGGCUUUUGCCAAAGUGUAGCCAUGCUUUCCAUGUCCCUUGCAUUGAUACAUGGCUUCGCUCUCACUCGAAUUGCCCACUAUGUCGUGCCAACAUAGUCUUCUUUAGUGCUUCCCUGCCUCAAUUGCCUCCUCCAGUGACAGAAACUCCUCAAGGCAAUGAAUCUUUGCAAGAAAGCCAACGAGCUAAUGAGAAUGUGUCGGUUACACAAGACACAGAAAGGGUUGCUAGAGAUGAGCAAGCGACACAGAAUCUUGCAGGGGCUCCAAAGACUCCGUCACGAGUGUUUAGUGAUUCGGGUAACUUGGAAGAGAGAGAUAUCAUAAUUGAGAUGCGAGAUAUUGAUAGAUAUCAACGCCUUAGGAGAUCAUUUUCAAUGGAUCAUCCAUGUCAAAGCCACACUUCCAUCGCUGAAAUUAUUCGGAUGAAUCAGGAUGAAGUUGUUCCAGUAGAAGACUGUUCGGGAGACGUUGGAUCAUCGAAACAUUCAGCAGAAAUCAGCAAAUGCGUGUCUAGCAGCAGCAGAAGAGUCUUGAAUUGUGUACUCAAUCCUGUUACCAUGAAGAGAUCAUUUUCUAGUGGAAGAUUCUUUCUCACUGGGCAUGGAAGAAUGCGUGACACCAUAAGUCUUGUUUAAACAGAAACUCUGUUUUGUUUUUCCAUUGAUGGUUAUAUUUUCCAUUAAUCAAUGUUAUGAUAAAGUUCUGUAAGCGUGAGAAUUGUGUUCCAAUGUAUAAAAUUGACGAGGGACAUAUCUAUAUGUCUUGCAAA